AUAUAUAUAUAUACAUAUAUUUCUCAAUUAAGCUCAUACUUUCUAUUGGCGAAAUUAUACUAAACGGCUUUCAUACGUCGGGUGACGCAAUGCAAACCAUUGACGUAGCUAUAGACUCCACGGCUUCCUUAUGCGGGGUGACAAUUCAGAUCAUACCUUCUAUAGACGAAGCUAUACUAAAUGGCUUUCUUACGCCGGGUGAUGCAAUUCAGCCGAUAGACGUACUAGCUUCCUUACGCCCGGUGAUGCAUUUGAAAUCAUACCAUUUAUAUACUAAACAGCUUCCAUACGCAAGGUGACGCAACUCAGACCACAGAUAUAGCAAUAGCUAGGCUACACAACUUUCUUUCCCCCGGUGACGCAACUAAGCUCAUACCUUAUAUAGAUAAAUAUAUUCUAAACGGCUUCUUUACGUCGAGUGACGCAUAGCAAACCAUAGACGUAGCUAAGUAUUAUACUGCAUCCUUACGCCGGGAGACGCAGUUCAGACUAACAUAUAUAGCGUCCAGAGAACGUAGCUAUAUAGACGACAUGGCUUUCUUGCGCCUAGUGACGCAAUUCAAACCAAAGCUUCCAGAAACAACUAGAAGCAUACACAGGGACCAGAUGCACCUCACACUGGCGGCUGACGCAACCGUGGGUCACAUGAUAGACGCCGUGUGAAGCGCCGGUAUUGGACGUGUUAAGUGAACCGAACGUACGCGCCACACUGAUGCCAAUCUUGAUUACCUUCCUUGAAGAGGUUAACUAUUCUGCGUAUUUAUAUUAAGUUAAUUGUAUCUGUGCAUACAAUGGGGCUUUUGAGGGAUUUGGAAGGGGGUGUUUCAAGUUAUUUUGUUAUAUUUAUUAAUAAUAUUUUGGGGUUUAAUUUGUAAAUAUGGGGGGUUAAAUUGGGAUAAUAUUAUAUUCAUUUGCAAGCGUCUAUAAGCGAUGCAAAUUUUACUUAUAAUUUUAAAGAGAAAAAGUUGUUAUGUACAGAUUACUGCAUCGAUAACCAUAUAUAUACCCACAAACUAUUACAUAUCAUGAAUAAAAGCUUUAAUAUAUACAUAACAUAUACAUUGAGUUAUAUAUAUACUUUAAUGUAAAUUUUCGUCCAAUUGUUGUGAGGCCGUGGAAGGCGCCGGGAGUCUGGCAACAGUGUUGUGUUUACAAGUUCAGGGCAAGACAGGGGCUGAGGUUUCUCCGCUCAUAAUUACCAAAUAACUCGCUACCAACAGAAGACAACUACAGACAAUCAUCGUCCAAGGUUACACUGACAACAGAAAGGUGCAGUUCCUGGCUGCUUAUAUUAACCUCAUCUGAAGUGCAGGGAUUUCCUGCAGUAUAAAUAGUCAGCAGCAAUGUCUUCGAGCCACUGAUGGGCCACAUUCAUCUCGUGAACUAUUUUAUAACUAAUAUAUGAAGUCACCAACAGUAUCAAAGAAAAUGAUGACCUUCAGCUGUCACUGGAGAGUGUAUUGGAAGCUGCAGACAGAGAUCAAAAUGUGCAGCUUGACAUUGUGUCAGAUUUUGUACGAAAUCCAAUCCAACUGCUUCAAGACACAUACAGCGAAGAUGUGGACAAUGUCAUGCUUCAUCCACUGGAUCUACAAGCAAUUUAUGAUGGAAGGAACAAUUUUCCAAAUCAUUUAAAUGAUAUCAUCAAUCAGUACCAGAGGAAUUUCCUGGAUUUUUUACCUUGGUCUGCCAUUGUGUUGAUUCCUGAGCCAACGGAAGCAGAAAUGAAUGCUGCAGAAGGAAUGUCAGAAGUGAUUCCUGAGCCAGCUGAAGAAGAAAUGAAUGUGCAAGUAGUGGGAGAAGUUAAUUUAACAGAUGAAACUCAGGAAAAUGAAAGAAACAAACCUAUUCAAAGGAUCGUAACACCUAUACCAUCAAAAAAACACAAAUUUCAGAAGAAAACCGUCACACAAACUGCACUUAUCUCAAAGAAGAUGAAAAAUCACCUGUGUCCACAGUGUGGGAAGAAAUUCAUCCGUCUUGGACGUAUGAAGACUCGCAUGUUAGGUCAUUCGGGUGAUCGACCUCACGAGUGUCCUCAGUGUGGGAAAAAAUUCAUCCGUCUUGGACGUAUGAAGACUCACAUGUUAGGGCAUUCGGGUGAUCAAUCUCACAAGUGUCCAGAGUGUGGUAAAGAGUCCAUUAGGUGAUAAGAAAUGCACCCAACCAUUUCUGUCCUGCCGGGGAUCCAAACCUAGAAUUCUUGAUCGAGAGUCGAGAACGAACCCACUUGUACUACCAGGACCCUUUGAUGAAAAUAUUGUGCUAUCACCAUGUCUGUUGGAUAUCCUAAAGAGGUAAUUAUGUUAUAUUGAAUUUUGUUUGAGAAAAAUGCUUCAUCAUAAAAGGUAAAGAUCUAAAAGUAUUUUAUUAUUUUGUUCUUUUAUGAAAGUUAGAUAAUCCUCAUAGACCAAGCAAGACACAGAGAAGCUGUCAGUGUAGAAAACUCAAAAUUGUUCAUAAAUCCAGAAACGUAUAUUCUGUAUUUAUUUGAACAAAGAUAAAACAAAGUUUUAAUUGUGAUUUUUUAUAUUUAAAACUUUCUUUUAGCAAUUUAUGCAAGUGUGUGGGGGGCAUUGAUCACAGUGCCCACAUGCACUCUGGUUUGUGUGUGGGUGUUUUGUGAAACCCUGGUUAAGCUUCAAUGUAAGCCUCAGGAACCCUUGAGAAUUCAGUUGAAUCCUAGUUGCCAUGCUUUUACCAUAUUGUGGUGGAGUAGUCUUAGUCGUCUGCUUGAUAGUACCCAGAGCAUAGGUUCGAAUCCUCCUCAUGGCUCCUACUGAUUUCCUCAUUGAUACAUCACGUUAAUGUGAUUUCUUUGUGUACCAUUUUAUUGGUAGGAGAUAUAUAAAUAAGUUUUAAUAAAGAAAUUAGAAGCUCAGCAGAUACCUAUGCAAACUGAUAUCCAUUUUUUAUUUACGCCUACUUAUGAGUUAUACUAUACAUGAUUAGAAAUGUGAUUAUACUAUACAUGAUUAGAAAUGUAUCACAUGAGAAUUUAUAGUAGCCGCACUGGCUUUUAUAAUUUUCUCGGUCAGAAAUUUGUAUUUCUCUAGCCUAGCUUUAACAGUUAGGCUAUAAUUGUAUGACUGGCAGUUAAAUUAGUCUCAUUGGUAUUAUAUUAGUCUGAUGGGCAAUUAUAUUAGCCUGUUAACUAUAUUAGCCUGAAUCUGGCAUUUAUAUUAUCCUGAGUCUGGCAAUUAUAAAAUUUGUGAAUCUGAAAAUUAGCCUAAAUAUGGCAAAUAAAGCUUGAACCUGACACUUAUAUUGAUAUGAAUGUGACAAUUACCGUAUAUUAGCUUGAUCCUAACAUUUGUAUUAAUGUGGCAAUUAUAAACCAGAACUCUGCAUUUAUAUGAAUGUGACUCCAGAAUUUGUAUUCUAAUGUGGAGUACAGUAUUUCAUUAAUGGCUUAAUUACUGCUAGCAUUUAUUUAUUUAUUUCAUCUGUUUAAAAAUGUCAGAAUCUAACAGUUUAUUAAUAUAAAAGGAUGUUUGCUUUAAUUUAGUUAUUUUAAAAUUUUCUGUAAAGGACUAAGUUUGAGUAUUGUAAUUGGUAGCAUGAUCAUUAUAGACCUGUAUUACCAGGUAUAUGAAUAGCCUAAAUGGUUUUGAUUGCUUGUUGUAGUCUUGAUGGAUGUGAAUGGGAUAUAUUUAUUAUAUUAAUUUGGGAUCAAUCAUUAGUUUAGAUUAUAGAUAGCAUAAUGUGUAAUAGUUGUUGCUUACUUAUAACCUGUUAAUUAUUAUAUAGAACUUACUUGGCAAUUGUCUUAACAUACGAAGUCACUGUCCACUCAUUGUAACUUAGUGCUUUCUUUUAAUUAGCACAUAAAUGAGCUUCACA